AUGGUGCAGUUGAAGGUUCUCGCCGACGAGAAAGGCUUCUUCUGCGCCUUCCUGGAGAUCGCCGGACAUGUGGAAGAGGAGAUCAGGCAAGUGCAGCCUACGCCCAUCCGCACCUUCGAGGACCCGGAUCCCGAUCAGUCUCGGGCAUCUGCAUCGCUCCUGAGCAAAGCUUGGUUCUGGCGUUCUUACCUUGCCUUCAAGUACAAGCCUACGCUGCUUGCAAGGUCCUUCGAGAACAUCCUGCCCCAAGCCAGGGCCUUGCUCUACAAGUACUCCAUCUUCUGGCUACAAACAGCACUCAUCCGGUACAUACCGGAACCUGAGCUUUAUCUACUGACCCCUGCAUGCAAAGACCCAUGUGCCAUGGCCACUGUGACGAGCCUUCUGCUGCUCUUCAAUUUGCUGCCCCUCCAUUUCGUAUCCACCAUAGUCCUCAGCACCGCUGCAGCCAUGGUCUUUGGCCACCUACGCGGCUGCGCGCAGGUUCUGGUGCAGCUCAUCCCAGCAGACUUGGGACAGCUUCCGGCUGUUGCUCUGGGCCACGAGUACACCUGCGCGGUGGAUGGGGAUGGAAAGCUGGUGUGCUUUGGAUUCCUUAGCAGCGAGCAGGCCGCAGCCGAAGUGCCCGGCAGUUUAGGCUCGGUCCUUGCGGUUGCCGCCGGCCCACAGCAUGCUUGCGCGGUGCGGUCGAACGGGCAUCUCGUCUGCUUCGGACGUAACAAUCGUGGGCAAUGCGACGUGCCACGCGACUUGGGGCCUGUUCUGGCAGUAGCUGCUGGCGACGAUUUCACCUGCGCCGUGAGGGCAAGUGGAGAAUUGGUUUGUUUUGGCGAUAGCGCCUUCGGGAAGUGCAAUGUGCCGGAGGACUUGGGGCCGGUGCUUGCCGUUUCUGCAGGCGCUGAGCACACCUGCGCAGUCAGAAGGGAUGGCCAACUGGUCUGCUUUGGGGCAAAUGAACAUGGCCAGUGCAAUGUGCCUGCAGACUUGGGCCCGGUCUUGGCAGUUUCCGUAGGCGCGGGCCACACAUGUGCAGCACGGACGGAUGGACAGCUGGUGUGCUUUGGCAACAACUAUCGUGGCCAGUGCAACGUGCCACACCUAGGCCCGGUCCAAGCAUUCGCGGCCGGAGGCAAACGCACCUGUGCCGUGACCCUCGCGGGGCUGCUCGUGUGCUUUGGGGCCAACGAUUCGGGGGAGUGCAACGUUCCGAGUGACUUGGGGCCUGUUCGUGCUGUCUAUAUGGGGCAUCGGCACGUCUGCGCAGUGAAGCCGGGUGGGCAGCUGGUGUGCUUCGGAUGGAACUCUGCCGGCCAGUGCGAUGUGCCAGAAGGUUUUGCGGAAGUUCCGGCUGACGAAACGGUUGGUCAGUGA